AUGGGUUUCACCGACUUCGUCUCUGAUGCCGGCCUGACUCUGGCCAACAACUACCUGGCCACCCGGAGCUACAUCGUUGGCCACGAGCCCAGCCAGGCCGAUGUUGUGACCUUCAAGGCCUUCAGCGCCGCCCCCGACGCUGCCAAGUACCCCCACGUUGCCCGUUGGUACAAGCACAUCGCUUCCUAUGAGAGCGAGUUCUCCGCCCUGCCCGGCGAUGCCUCCCAGGCCUUCACUGCCUAUGGCCCCGAGUCCACUGAGCUGCCCGUGAACCCCAAGGACAAGCCCGAGGAGGACGAUGAGGAGGAGGACCUCUUCGGCUCCGACUCUGAGGAGGAGGAUGCCGCCGUUGUUGCCGAGCGUAACAAGCGUCUGGAGGACUACAAGGCCAAGAAGGCCGCCAAGGGCCCCAAGCCCGCUGCUAAGUCCCUGGUCACCCUGGAGGUCAAGCCCUGGGAUGACGAGACCAACCUCGAGGAGAUGGAGGCCAACGUCCGUGCCAUUGAGAUGGACGGUCUUGUGUGGGGUGCUUCCAAGCUCGUCGCCGUCGGCUUCGGUAUCAAGAAGCUCCAGAUCAAUUUGGUUGUCGAGGACGAGAAGGUCUCCACUGAUGAGCUGCAGUCCCAGAUCGAGGAGGAUGAGGACCACGUCCAGUCCACCGACAUUGCUGCCAUGCAGAAGCUGUGA